UGGUGUUUCAAAGUAAAGCCGAUAACCGGCUUUCUGAAGCCUCCCUCCCGCCCAAGCCAUGGGAAUCCAAGUUUUGAGUCCCCUAGGGGGUGUCAUGCUGAUGACUUAUUUUUAAGUCCCAGAAUCUCGGCUUCGGCCUUUGGGGCAAGCUCAGUUCUCGUUCUCGCGCCAGUUUUCCCUGAGUUCUCGCGACAUCGGCCUGCUGACUCGAGAACCGGUAUCUCCUGGGAGCCCCGCCCGGCGCUCGGACCUCUGGGCCUGGAGUUGCGGCCUCCCCCGAUAGCGACCCCAACGCCGGCGGACGUCGCCGGGAUCGUGGCAGCGAUGGAUGAGGACCUGGUUUUGGCGCUACGGCUUCACGAGGAGUGGAACUUGCAGGUCUCGGGGCGCGAUCAGGCCCAGGAGCCCCUGUCGCUGGUGGACGCGUCCUGGGAGUUGGUGGACCCCACCCCGGAUUUGCAGGCCCUGUUUGUGCAGUUCAACGACCGGUUCUUCUGGGGCCAGCUGGAGGCCGUCGAGGUGAAGUGGAGCAUGCGAAUGACCAUGUGUGCUGGGAUAUGCAGCUAUGAAGGGAGGGGUGGAAUGUGUUCCAUCCGUCUCAGUGAGCCCCUGUUAAAGUUGAGACCAAGGAAGGAUCUUGUAGAGACCCUCUUACAUGAAAUGAUACAUGCCUAUUUAUUUGUCACUAAUAAUGAUAAAGACAGGGAAGGGCAUGGCCCAGAGUUUUGUAAACAUAUGCAUCGAAUCAAUCGCCUGACUGGAGCCAAUAUAACGGUGUACCAUACUUUCCACGAUGAGGUGGAUGAAUACCGGCGACACUGGUGGCGCUGCAAUGGGCCGUGUCAGUACAAACAGCCCUACUAUGGCUAUGUCAAACGUGCGACCAACAGGGCGCCCUCUGCUCAUGACUAUUGGUGGGCCGAGCACCAGAAAACCUGCGGAGGCACUUACAUAAAGAUCAAGGAACCAGAGAACUACUCAAAAAAAGGCAAAGGAAAGACAACACAAGGAAAGCAGCCAGUGUCAGCAGCAGAGAAUAGAGAUAAACCCAGCAGAGGUGAGACACAGCUGGUAAUUCCUUUUAGCGGGAAAGGAUAUGUGCUAGGAGAAACAAGCAAUUCACUUUCAUCUGGGAAAUUUAUCACUUCACAUGCUAUUAAUAAAACCCAAGAUCUUUUAAGUCAAGACCGUUCGGCAAAUGCUGUGAGACCUAAUUCUAAAAUUGAGGUGAAAUUUAAACAGAAUGGUUCAAGUAAAAAAACUUCUCUAGUCUCCCCUGUUCUUAAUACCAGUCACCAAAGUGUUUUAAGCAACUACUUUCCUAGAGUAGCAGUUGCCAACCAAAAGGCUUUCAGAAGUGGGAAUGGAUCUCCAACGGAAAGUGUCGCAGUUGGCGACAUCACUAAAAAUUCAGUCUCUUCUACUUCUCAAAGAAUGGUUACAUCUUCUAAGAUAUCCCUAAGAAAUUCUUUGAAAGCAAUGGAGUCAACAUCUGUGACUCCAUCCCAGGAUGCAAGUGGGCCUGAAGAUAAAUUCCCAAGCAAACGACCCAGGCUAGAAGACAAGACUGUUUUUGACAAGUUUUUAAUCAAGAAAGAGCAAAUACGAAGUGGUGGUAAUGAGCCAAAGUGUAGUUCACAUCCUACAGCUGCAGCUCAGAAUUCCAGCAGGUCAGCCAGCCACAGCAAAACCGUUAAUUGUCCUGUUUGUCAGCAUGAAGUUUUGGAGUCUCAAAUUAAUGAACACUUGGACUGGUGCCUUGAAUGUGAUAGCAUCAAAGUCAAAAGCUGAAAAAAAUCUGUGAAAAAUGAAUGAGUUUCCCAUACCACUGUAUUACCUCACCAACAUAGUGUCAGCCACUCAGGAAGUUCUGGUUAAUACUGAGAUUUGUAGCUUAUAAUCUAGUUCAUACAGCUAAUACAAAAUGUUCUAUUUUAUAAACAUUUAUAUGAAGUUGUCAUUAAAAAUAUUUCCUCUCUAAAGGUGCUCUAUUCACUCUUGCCUUGCAUAUAUGCUGUAGUCCAGUUUGCUCUGCAUGUAUAAUUUUUAGAUUAUUUUGUUCUUUCUUGCUCUUAAAGGUAUUUAAAUCUGUUACUCUUCUUAUUUGUAUAGUUUCUUCAGAAUAUUCAGUGAGGAAUCCUGUCAGGUAUUUGGUUAAAUUGAAUAUUUCUUUAUUAAUAUUAAAACUCAUUUCCAGAAUUGAUGUUAAUAUUCAUAGUGUCAGACAUAUUGACCAAAAACACAAUCUAGAGUACAAAGUAUAUCCGUUCUUUUAGGGUACUCAAGGUUUUUGAUUUUUGGGGUUUUUUCCCAAAAUCUUAACAGAAAGUACAUUUUCUAUAUUUUAAAGAAUUUUACUUCUCCGUUUCACUAAAAGGUUGCGGCAGGGUUUAGGUUAAAGUAGAUAAAGUAAAUUUCUUUUGGAAUAUUACUAGUAACAAAUAGCCACUGUAAUUCUGUAGGCCAAAGAUUAGCUUUGUCAAACUGUAGCAAAAUGAGUGGUUAAAACUCAGUGCUACAUAACUGGUAUAUAUAAGAUAACAAAGUUGCCUAACUUAGGUAACAGCGGAACAUUAUCUGGAAACAGUAUUAGGAACCUUAAGCCAAAGUUGAAACCAUUAGAACAAAAGGAAUACCGUUUGUGCAUUUAAAAAACUAUAUUUUGUUGUAAAAACAUUCUUUUCCCUGUUAUAGCAAAGGGACAAAGAUACUUUUAUCAGUUUACUUUUUGUCUCAUGGCUAUACCUCCAGCAUGUUGGCAUAUCCCCAAAACCUUAGUUCACAAGUUUUUUUCUUAACUUUGUUGCAACAUGACUUGUACAUACUUAGGGGGGCAGAGAUCUUAAGUGUGCAGCUGGGUGAAAUGUUGCAGUGUUCUCUUGUGGGACUACUACCCAGAUCAAGUUGGAGAACAUUGCAGCUACCACAAAAGGCCUCCUCAUGGGCGCCUCUUCCCAGUCAGUACCUACAACCCCCAAAGGUAACCGCUGUUUGCGUCUGUCACCACAGCUUGGUUUAGCUUGUUUUUGAACUUCAUAAAGUAGUAUCUUUGUUGCCAUGUGUAACACAGGUUCAUUCUUUUUCACUGCUCUGUAGUGUGAAUAUGUCAGAGUGUAUUCAUCCGUUCUCAUAUUAACAGACAUUUGAAUUAUUUCCAAUUUGGGGCUGGCCAUUAUGCUAGAACAUGCUUCCUCAUUUCUGUUGGGCAUAUGCCCGGGAGUGGAAUUGCUGGGUCACAGGGUAUAUUUAUGUUUAGCUUUAGUAAAUACUGCCAGUUUACACUCCUACCAGCACUGUGAGAUUUCAGUUGUUCAGCGUCUUAACACUAUUAUCAGCCUUUCUCAUGUUAGCCUGUCUGGUUGAGUGUUCACAAGUUUUGAUAUUUCUUAAGCAUGAAGUUGAAAGAUGGUAUUUAAUAAAUAUUUAUUUAUAA